AUGAAUCGAAGUUUUAGGGGUCCGGAGAGGGAGCAAAAGGGGAGUCUGAGACUGAAGGACAACAAGGAUGAGGGGCUAGCAUUGUUUCAAGAAAUGCGCAAGCGCGAGAAGGAUCGGAAUAAUCUUCUUCUUCUUCAAAACUCUGAUGAAUUUGAUGCUCCACUUGGUUCAAGAAUCGGUGGUUCUCCCAUUUUUAAUAUAACAGCAGCUGCAGCUGCAGCUGCACCUCUGCGGAAGACUGGUGCAGAUGAAUUUCUUAAUUUUGACGGUGAAAAAAAUGACUAUGAGUGGCUUUUAACACCUCCAGGUACUCCUCUUUUUCCUUCACUACAGAUGGAAUCACAGAGAACUGUGAUGAACCAGCUGGGAACUCCAAAAGUUCGCCCCACAGCGCUAAAAUCUAGACUAGUAAACUCCCAGCCUGAGCUGGCUAGUAGGAGCAAUUUAUUAUCUAGACAGCCAGCUUCAUCUCUUGGGUUAAAUACUUCAACUGGAGGACUCCGCAUGCCCUCUUCAUCUGGGGGUCCUGGAUCAAGACCUGCAACACCAACUGGGCGUCCAACAUUGAGCUCAACAUCUAGAUCCACCUCGACUACAGCAUCUGAUAAAUCUACAUUGACCACGGCUUCUAAAUUAACAUCAACCACGUCAUCUAAAUUAACAUCAACCACGUCAUCUAAACCUUCGAGAUCUGCAACACCUACUUCCCGUGCCACCUUGCCUUCUGCUAAGCCCAAGGUUCCUCCGAGAUCUGCAACACCUACUUCCCGUGCUACCUUGCCUUCAGCUAAGCCCACGGUUCCACCGAGAUCUUCUACACCUAUCACAAGGUCUACCAUAAGAUCCUCAACACCUACAACCAGACUAUCUAUACCUGCACCAAAGUCCACAUCCAGGGCAUCAACCCCGACUCGUAGGACAUCAGUGUCAAGUGCCCCAGUUAAGUCCCCUACUUCUUCAGUUAUAAAGCCUGUUACCUCUACAGCAAAAAAUCCAGUGCCAGCAGUGUCUAAUUCUCCAACUAUGAGGCCCAAACCAUGGAAACCCUCGGACAUGCCCGGAUUCUCACUUUAUGCACCAUCAAAUCUGCGGACAUCUCUGUCUGAUAGGCCUGCUUCUGUCACUAGAGGUAGACCUGGAGCACCAAGUUCUCGAUCAUCAUCCGUCGAACCCCUUUCAAAUGGAAGGGUUAGAAGACAAUCAUGUUCUCCAGCAAGAGGACUGCCUCCCAAUGGUAAUACUCGUAGCAGUGGGAGCUCCGUCCCCGUGCCUUCUGUAAAUCGGUUGCAUGCCAAGGCUAAUGACAAUGUGAGCCCUGUUCUAUAUGGAACGAAAAUGGUUGAGAGAGUAAUAAAUAUGCGGAAACUGGCUCCACCAAAGCAAAAUGACAAACAUUCACCCAUGAGCAACUUAUCUGGAAAGUCUUCAUCACCCGACAAUUCAGGCUUUGGUAGAACACUUUCAAAGAAAUCGUUAGAUAUGGCAAUAAGGCAUAUGGGCAUAAGGCGAAACAUCUCAGGCAACCUACGUCCACUAAUGACUAAUAUCCCGGCAUCCUCCGUGUAUAAUGUGAGAUCAGGGUAUAACAAAAGAGGGACAGUUAGUGUGUCUGAUUCAGCACUUGCAACAAGCAGUGCUAGUUCUGAUGUGAGCGUUAAUAACAAUGCCCUUUGCGUGAAUGGAAGUGAAGGGGAUGAUGAUGUUAGCAGUGAUAAGCCUCCCCGAUCUCCUGCUAGCAUACGUAGCAGGAGAUGA